AUGCACCAUGCAAUCUCUCACUGUUCCAUCUUUAUUACAAAGUUCGAAACUAUAUUCAGAAAAGAAUCUUUAUAUAUUCUUCUUCUUCCUGUUUUCAUUUUUGAAAGCUUCAAAUGGGUUUCUUUCCACAUCAGAAAACGCCAAAUUCACCUAAGAAUAAGCUUGGACAAGGUGGUUUUGGUGCUGUUUAUAAGCCUUCUUGGAGGACAAGAAACUGCCAUGAAGAGGUUGCAAGAGUUCAGAAAUGAGGUUACGGUGAUUGCAAAACUGCAACAUCGGAAUCUUGUUAGACUUUUGAGGUAUUGUGUCAGAGGAGAUGAAAAGAUUCUACUCUACAAAGACAUGCCAAUUAGAAGCCUAGAUUCUAUUCUAUCUGGGCCAAAGUUGUGCACAUCAUUGGAUUGGCAUAUGAGAUUUAACAUCAUCAUGGGAAUUGCAUGA